AUGGCUCCUGGAGCUUUGAUCGCCGAUGAUAUCCCAAUGGAUGUGUCAUCGGACCAUGAAAGAAGAGAGGAACCAAUCUCUAAAGCCUCAUGUGAAAUGUGUAGGCGGCGGAAGGUCAAAUGCGACCGAAUGAGGCCCGCCUGCGGUUGGUGUACGCGAAAUAGUCGUGUAUGUGUCUACAAAGAGAAGCGGAAGGCGAUUGAGGAGAGCGAGAGGAAUGACCAGCUGGAGGUUCGACUUGGUCAUCUUGAUGCUCUGGUGCAAGGCCUGAGACAACGCGUUGACAAUCACAUUUCGCGCCAUGACGCUCAACACGAAAUUUCUCAUUCUCCCAUGUCCAAGAGUCCAUCAACCCAUCAUGACCGACAUCACAGUUGGCAUGCUACUGCAUCUCCCGAGUCCACACGCUCGGAUAUGCUAUCUGAAGGGCGUCGGUCUCCCACGGUUAUCAUUGGUCGACCGUUUAAUCUCACAGGCGGUGUGAAAUUACCGCGAAGCUUCAGCACAAAUAUGAAGACCGUCUAUGAACAAGAGAUUAAUCUAUCGACGGAUCCAGACCUCCCUCCCAGCGACUUGUUAUAUGUUCUGGUAGAUCUCUUUUUCAAGCAUAUCAACACAUGGUUUCCAUUAUUUGACCGCAAAGCCACCUUUGGAACAUAUUUUGGUUCUACUUCUAUCUCGCGAGGCGAUCGUGUGGUGUUGUUUGCCAUUAUUGCAACAACACUGCGGUUUACAACAGAUGCACGUCUGACGCCAAGUGCAAAGCAAAAGCUUCAUAAUGACUCCCUCACUCUCCUCUCAUUAGAUGUUUUGGGGACGUCCAACGAACUACAGGGACAGACCCUUUUGUCUCUUCUUGUGCAGAACAUUACUCAUCUUGGCCUCUGCAUGGAGAAAAGUGUCUACUUUGCCACUCCAAUGUUGCCAAAUGAGGCAUUGCCUCGCAGGGUUGUACUCCCAGAGCCUGAUUCCUGGAUUGAAGAUGAAGGGCGACGCAGGCUCUGCUGGAUGGUAUAUGUACUGGACAGAUACGCAACCCUAGCAACACCAUACAAAUUCAUACUGGCAGAAGAGGAUAUGAAACGAUUUCUUCCUUGCCGAUACGACUUGUGGUCGAAUGAUAUUCCAGUGGAGACAAGAUGGCCAAAUGGUCUUGACACAACAAAGUUGAGACUUACAGUCGACACGCCGGAAAACCUCGGCAGCUUUUCUUACCACUGCGAGGUCCUUGGAAUCUUGAGCCGUGUUCACAAUUUCCUAGCGAAGCCACUAGAUAUAUACUCAAUUCAGGAUGUACGAAGCUGGCAGAGCACUUUUGUCGCACUGGAGGGCGAACUAUCCACCUGGCUUCGUGACCUACCUGCACAAUACGGUCAGAUAUCGGUAUUGUGUCAUUCUGAUCCCGGGGCCAGAAUCAUUAAUUGGAUCAUGCUGCAUGCCGCAUUUGUGGUAUCGUCCAUUCGGCUCAACUCUGCAGCGGCGUAUCCCGUGGUCCAAAACGACGUGUUUGUACCCUCUUACAGCGCCAUGCAGACUUGCCUCUCUGCAGUAGAAAGCCUCAGAAGCAUCGUCCAAGACGUAAUCGAGACCAGUGGCUUGUCUCUAUUGGGGCCACACUUCGCCUUCUCGCUAUGGACGUCGGCUCGGCUUCUUCUGGUACAUGCUGCGACUUUGGGAUGUGAAAUCGACUCCAACGUUGAUUUCUUUGUGGGCACCUUGGCCGAGAUGGGCCGAUACUGGGAGAUUGCUGCAAAUUACUCGGCGAUCCUGGGCCGAGUGACCGAAGAGGGGCGACAAGGAGACAAAACCCUUACGGAGAUGAGGCAACACGCUCAUGAGCUUUCAAUGCUUUCUAGUUCGACGAGACUAAGUGCCUUGGAACCUACUUCGACUCGAAUUUCUUCUGCAAACGAGCUAGAUUACCUCGAGAUUUUUGAUUUCUUCAACUACCCUCGGUCAGCUGACCAUGGCUCUACCGCUCCGUACGAAAUAGAGCAGCAUCUAUUAGAUUAUGAAUCUGGGUCCGCCUCACUAGGCAUGGGCGUUGAAAUGCCGACUCUAGAAUCGGAUUGGUUGCAGUAUGAGACCCAUUAG